AUGAUGGGCGACGAUAAUCAGACCGGAAAAAGCCAUCACAAUAUCUUGUGUAACUCACGCCAGAGCCUCUAUCCAUCACGUAACAUACCGCUCCGAUGUCGCUCUGGUCUCCUCACUCUGAUGCCAUCCAACCGCUGUACUGACAUUGACACAACCUCCAACACGGCGAUGACUAUCAGACUAUCACACCGAUAA